CCGGGUCCCGCUCGGCCCCUGCCCGGUGCACCAAGUUGUGCUCCCGGCGCCUGGCGGGCUUCCCGGUGGCGGCGCGGCGCGGGGACUUUUCGCCUCUCGCGGGCCUCUCCCGAGCGCGUCUAUGAGCGCAGCGUUCCCGCCGUCGCUGAUGAUGAUGCAGCGCCCGCUGGGGAGUAGUACCGCCUUCAGCAUAGACUCGCUGAUCGGCAGCCCGCCGCAGCCCAGCCCCGGCCAUUUCGUCUACACUGGCUACCCUAUGUUCAUGCCCUACCGGCCGGUGGUGCUGCCGCCGCCGCCGCCGCCGCCGCCCGCGCUGCCCCAGGCCGCGCUGCAACCGGCGCUGCCGCCCGCGCACCCUCACCACCAGAUCCCCAGCCUGCCCACCAGCUUCUGCUCCAGCUUGGCGCAGGGCAUGGCGCUCACCUCCACGCUCAUGGCCACGCUGCCCGGCGGCUUCUCCGCGUCUCCCCAGCACCAGGAGGCGGCGGCUGCCCGGAAGUUCGCGCCGCAGCCGCUGCCUGGCGGUGGCAACUUCGACAAGGCGGAGGCGCUGCAAGCCGACGCGGAGGAUGGCAAAGGCUUCUUGGCCAAGGAGGGCUCGCUGCUUGCCUUCUCCGCGGCCGAGGCUGUGCAGGCGUCGCUCGUCGGGGCUGUCAGAGGGCAAGGGAAAGACGAGUCAAAGGUGGAAGACGACCCGAAGGGCAAGGAGGAGAGUUUCUCGCUGGAGAGCGAUCUGGACUACAGCUCGGAUGACAAUCUGACUGGCCAGGCGGCUCACAAGGAGGAAGACCCCGGCCACGCGCUGGAGGAGACCCCGCCGAGCGGCGGCGGCGCGGGCAGCACCACGUCCACGGGCAAGAACCGGCGGCGGCGGACUGCCUUCACCAGCGAGCAGCUCCUCGAGCUAGAGAAGGAGUUCCACUGCAAAAAGUACCUCUCGCUGACCGAGCGCUCACAGAUCGCUCACGCCCUCAAACUCAGCGAGGUGCAGGUGAAAAUCUGGUUCCAGAACCGCCGGGCCAAGUGGAAACGGGUGAAAGCUGGCAAUGCCAAUUCCAAGACAGGGGAGCCCUCCAGGAACCCCAAGAUCGUUGUCCCCAUCCCCGUCCACGUCAGCAGGUUCGCCAUUAGAAGUCAGCAUCAGCAGCUGGAGCAGGCCCGCCCCUGAGGGCCCAGGGAGGGCUAGGGCCUGGACCACCGUGGAGAAGCCACAGUGCCCGAGGGAACCCAUGGUGGACUCCACCGUGUCUGAGGCAAAACUCAAAGUCACCCCCCAACUUUGGACAUCCCCAGCAAAUUGAGAGUAUAUUCAUGAAACAGGCUUGAAAGACUGCUUUUGAAGGGGCCACAGCUACACCUGAAGACACACUAAAUAUUUAUUAUACUACCCUACUUUGUACAUUAGAUGUCUAUAUAGACUGGAUCUCAGCUGCUGUAUUUUGAAAGUUAUAGGACCCAACUACCCAGUAAUGUCCUCCAGCCACAUUCCAGAAGAGAACAAAACCUCUGCUGUAACCUGCCACGCACAGCAGCCACUUUUCCAUACUUUUCCAAAGGUAAACAUCACAUGCAGGAACGAACACUGGGGUCUCCAUUUCUUUUUGUUUCUAUUCUGGCGUUUUUAGUUGACUGAAAAGCAGACGUUUUGGGGCAGCCUGGAAAUUCGCUUUGCUUUGGUUUUGCCUGGCUUUCUUUCCUGGGGUUGCAUAUCCUAUGAGCCAUGUCUGAAGCACGUCUCCGUUGUGUUUAAUU